UCCCCCACUGCUUAUAUCUUCCGCUUCACUUCACAUCACAUCAAAACAACCCUGCAAAAACCCUAAUCCCUCUCUCUCAUUUCACCCGCUUCUUCGCCGAGCAGCCAUGGAUGCCAAAGAAGCCUCCGCCACCGAUUUGAAGCGACCGAGAGAAGAGGAUGACGCCGCCGCCGCCGCUUCCAUGGAGACAGAGAACGGGGAUCAGACCAAGGAGCCUGCUUGUUUCUCCUCUGUGAUUCCCGGGUGGUUCUCCGAGAUGAGUCCCAUGUGGCCAGGAGAGGCACACUCUUUGAAGGUCGAGAAGGUUUUGUUUCAAGGGAAAUCUGAUUACCAGGAUGUCAUUGUUUUCCAGUCAGCGACAUAUGGUAAAGUUUUGGUUUUGGAUGGAGUAAUCCAACUCACGGAGAGAGACGAAUGCGCCUAUCAGGAAAUGAUCACUCAUCUUCCUUUGUGCUCUAUCCCUAACCCAAAGAAGGUGCUGGUCAUUGGAGGAGGAGAUGGAGGUGUCCUGAGGGAAGCUGCACGCCAUGCUUCUGUUGAGCAGAUUGAUAUGUGUGAAAUUGAUAAAAUGGUGGUCGACGUCUCUAAGCAGUUUUUCCCUAAUGUAGCAAUUGGAUUCGAGGAUCCUCGCGUUAACCUCGUCAUUGGCGAUGGUGUUGCUUUCUUGAAGAAUGCUGCUGAAGGAUCAUACGAUGCAGUUAUUGUUGACUCAUCAGAUCCAAUUGGUCCAGCAAAGGAGCUGUUUGAGAAGCCCUUCUUCCAAUCUGUGGCUAGAGCUCUUCGACCUGGUGGAGUUGUGUGCACUCAAGCUGAAAGCUUGUGGCUUCACAUGGACAUCAUCGAAGACAUUGUUUACAAUUGCCGUGAGAUCUUCAAGGGUUCUGUGAACUACGCGUGGACCAGUGUUCCAACAUACCCGAGUGGGGUUAUCGGGUUUAUGCUCUGUUCAACUGAAGGGCCUGACGUUGACUUCAAGAACCCUGUGAACCCAAUUGAUGACAGCUCCAGCAAAUCAAAUGGACCCUUAAAGUUUUACAACGCUGAGAUUCAUUCAGCUGCGUUCUGCUUGCCUUCUUUCGCCAAGAAGGUAAUAGAGUCAAAAGCUAAUUGAAAAGGGAAACAAGUCAUCUGGGGGAUUGUUGCAUUUAUCAAAAUAAAACAUUUUCACAGUUUUUAGACUGUUACUUUUUGUUUUAAGCAUGUUUUUCUGUGACACUACUGCAUGUUUAAGCUGGAAAACCUUUCUCCCUUUUGCCAUUUAUAUAAAGACUGAAACCUUUGAAUUGA